AGCUAAUAAAACACCAGGCUGGCUAGAAAACAAGCCCAGCCAGCUUUUCCUCUUUUUAUAUCACGUGAACAGAACACGUUCGAAUGCUGCCAUAAACGAUGUAAAUUUCACAACAUACAUGUAACCGUCAACGUUUGAUUGGUCAAAAGUGACACAAAACCUUCAACGCUUGAACAGUAAAACCAGGGGAAUGAUCCUACGCGCUUAAUCCGUCUGGCUUCAGGGAUGGACACAAAUGGUAGAGGGCUCCUCUUUUUGGAAGGACGGCAUUAAAUUGCAUCGUUAUGGUACUGAGAAAAUAUCUUUGGCAGACUAUUGUAGUACAAAUGGCAUAGGAAAGAUCACAAGAAAAUUACAUUUUGAGACAUGCUUAAAAACUACAUGUAAAUCAAGGCGUAGUAAAAUUAUUGUUCUAACGAUGCGUUUCACAAACCACAAAGUGGUAUCCUCUCCAUGAUUCGGAGUCACCUUGUUGAUUUCUUUUUGUAUUUGUUGUAAGGUUGGCCAGCGGCAGCCUGGCUUGUUUGGUUUCUUGGAGAGGACACUCGCAAAGACUCAAGAUCACAUUUGGUUCGAGAGAACAGAAAUGAAGGACAGACUAAUUGUAACAAGGAGGUUGAGAGAACAUGUAGAGGAUGCCAGUAAAAACCCGAUAUUAAUAUUUCCAGAGGGAACAUGCAUUAAUAACACAUCCGUGAUGAUGUUCAAAAAAGGAAGUUUUGAGAUUGGCGGAGAUGUCUAUCCUGUCGCUAUAAAGUAUGAUCCCACAUUCGGAAAUGCAUUUUGGAACUCAAGUGCUGAAGGAUUUGCAUUCUAUUUGUUCCUUCUCCUGACAAACUGGGCACUAGUCUGUGACGUGUGGUAUCUUCCGAAAAUGACGCGUCAGGAGGAUGAGAGCGCUGCGGAGUUUGCGAGUCGCGUCAAGACAGAGAUCGCUCGGCAGGGAGGACUUGUUGACCUUAUAUGGGAUGGACAACUGAAGCGUACUUCUGUGAAACCUGAAUUCAAACAACAAAGGCAAGAAGACUACGCCAGCACGCUGAAAAUUGAAUAAGCUUUCUAAAGUUUAAGAAAAGUGGGGAAAGAGAGCACUCGGUGAAGGAACGCCGAGGACUGAUUAACUCGUGAAAGAAAAUGUUUUCUGUCCAAGCUUAAGCUGGAAAUAUCGGAAUGUUUAUUCUCCUUACUGAGUCCCAUAUAUUUCUUUAAUAUGAGUAUUAAGAAUAUAGUGAUACAUCAAGGGAAUAUCUCCUAGUUAAUGAAUAUUUUUGUUCUCAUCAUUGACUGUGCCAUUAGCAAUUUAGGAAACUUCAAUUUGUCAAGUGGGUAGGGUGAAAGGGGAAGUGGGUAACAGAUUUAUAUUAUGUGACCUGGAAGAGUAGUUCUAGUUUUAUAGACAGGGACUAUGGGAAAAAAUAACCGUUAUUCUUUGCUGCACAAUAUUUUUGCUACCUGAAUAGUUGUGAUAUUCCGAAUGGUGCCAAGUCAAUACUUUAUCAAUAGAAGGGAAAAUACUUUGUUCUUGACUAUUUGGGCAAGCUGCUACACGUUGCAAACCUGAAUCAUAAGUAUUAAACCGUACAUAAAAAACCAAACAUUCAAGGUAUCAGUGGAACUUGAGAAAACUUGCAGGGGACUGGUGUCAACGCAGGAAAAGUGCGCUUACGUCAAGUCACGUUACACCUGAUUGGUUGAGAAAACCGAAUCUUUCCUUUGAUUGAUUACAACACGUAUCACGUGUUCCUCAGGACGUAAAUUGGUUUUCAUUUGCUUGCUUAUUCAAGAAUUAACUCUUUAAUGUGUCGACGUAUGUUUGACUUUCAUUUUUCUUUAAAUUUUGAAUUUUAAAACGAGGCUGCGUUCUUCUUCAACUACUUAGUGAAGAGUUUCAUUGCUCACGAAAAGCCCGCAGAAUAAACACCGCUAAUAUUUCCGUGAAAAAAAAUACUCGUAAAUAAAUCAAAAAAUCAAAAUCAAAACAAAGCAAAAUGAGAUUUCAAAAAAGAAAAGCAAUGACAACUUUGAAACAACUCUCUUGCUUUUUCUCAUUUUGCCUCCUGCCUCAAACAGAAAAUCCUUGGAUUUACUUUUGUAAGUGUCAAAACUAAUUAAUCGCAAAUGUUAAUAUAUUGAAGAGAUGCGAAGAAGCAAAAACUUUAUUUUAAUCAAGUCUUGUGAGAGACAAUCAUAAUAUUCCUUUUGUAUUGCGUAGUUUGAUAUCUGCCUCUGAACCGGGCUCUUCAACCCCUAUUUAGAUCGUCACGCAAAGUCUGAGGGAAGAUCUCUGUUUUAUUUUAUUGAUAAGUUGAUGUUUGUUAUGUAGUUGUGUUUAGCGUCACAGUGACAUCUGUAAAUGCAAAUAGAAAAAGCUUGGUUGACGUCAGGGGUUAAAUAAAGUCAUAAAAAAAAUCUGAAA